GGGACGUGCAGAAGUUGUCCAUGUCGGCUGAGCGCACCGCCGAGUCCAACCUCUCCACGCUCCGGAGCGCAAAAGGAAAAUGUUGUUCUAAUCCGGAGGCUUCGCAGACGUCUGCCGCAGGUCACUGACGACAACUGCUCGCUCUGGCAAAACCUUUUUAACCCACAAAAAGCAUCGCCAAGCGCUGAUGUAUCGAUGAAUUUCUCCGGGAAACUAACACACGUCCUCCUGCUGGUGCUCCUCGCAGCGCAAGGCAGCUUUUCAUCGAAAGCGGAGGACAGAUUAUUCCGAAGGCUAUUCCGAAGGUACAACCAGUUCAUCCGGCCGGUAGAGAAUGUAUCUGAUCCAGUUACUGUGGAGUUUGAGGUGUCCAUAUCUCAGCUUGUUAAAGUGGAUGAGGUGAAUCAAAUCAUGGAAACCAACUUGUGGCUGAGACAUGUUUGGAACGACUACAAGUUGAGAUGGACCCCCGUUGAAUAUGAUGGGAUUGAGUUCAUACGAGUUCCAUCCAAUAAGAUUUGGAGGCCAGACAUUGUCCUGUACAACAAUGCUGUAGGUGAUUUCCUCGUGGAGGACAAGACCAAGGCUCUGCUAAAGUUUGACGGCACAAUCACAUGGGUCCCUCCAGCAAUUUUCAAAUCUUCCUGCCCCAUGGACAUUACCUACUUCCCUUUUGACUACCAGAACUGCUCCAUGAAGUUUGGCUCCUGGACCUACGACAAGGCCAAGAUUGACCUGGUGCUCAUUGGCUCAAAGGUGAACCUUAAAGACUUCUGGGAAAGUGGGGAGUGGGAAAUCAUCGAUGCGCCAGGAUACAAGCAUGACAUCAAGUAUAACUGCUGUGAGGAGAUCUACCCGGACAUCACCUACUCCUUCUACAUCCGCCGCCUGCCUCUCUUCUACACCAUCAACCUCAUCAUCCCCUGCCUCCUCAUCUCCUUCCUCACCGUGCUGGUCUUCUACCUCCCAUCUGAUUGUGGAGAGAAGGUCACUCUGUGCAUCUCCGUCCUCCUUUCCCUCACUGUGUUCCUGCUCGUCAUCACUGAGACCAUCCCUUCAACAUCUCUGGUCAUCCCUCUGAUCGGCGAGUACCUCCUCUUCACCAUGAUUUUCGUCACGCUAAGCAUCGUCAUCACUGUCUUUGUGCUGAAUGUCCACUACCGCACCCCAAUGACUCACACGAUGCCGGAGUGGGUGAGGGCGGUGUUCCUCGGGGUGCUGCCCAAGGUGAUGCUCAUGAGGCGGCCUAUUGACCAGGGCUGCUCCUCGCCUGCCAGUAUUACCGGAGGGAUGCCAGGAAGCAGUGGAGGAAACAAGAAGAGAAAGAACAGCAUCGGAAGUGGAUCGGGAAGUGUAAGUGUUGGAGGUAUAACUGGGGGUGUAGCAUGUCAACCGCUAGAUAGUGGCGCAGGAGGAGGAGGAACCUCGUCAGCUGGCGGCUCCAUGAACUGUGUGGAGUAUGGCGACAUGAACCGCGACCUGAAUCGUGACUUAAAUCAAGGCUUGAACCGUGAUUUAAAUCGCGAUUUAAACCGUGACUUGAACCGGGAUUUAAACAGGAGGUGCCCCUACAGAGGCAAAGAGGUGCCGACUCCUGUUCCACCCCCGAUGGUGCCCCCGCCUCCUCCUCCUCCUCCCCCCCAGGCACCUCCCAACCAGGGGCCCCAGGAGUCGGAGCUGCCCAAGGUGCCGAGGCCCCUAAGUGCUCCGUCGCCAGUCAAUGCUGUCGUCGCGUUUUCUGUGGUGUCGCCAGAGAUCAAGCAGGCCAUUGAGAGCGUGAAGUACAUCGCAGAGAACAUGAGGACACGCAACAAAGCCAAAGAGGUGGAGGACGACUGGAAGUACGUUGCCAUGGUCAUCGACAGGAUUUUCCUGUGGGUUUUUGUGACAGUGUGUGUGCUGGGGACACUGGGACUCUUCCUCCAGCCGCUCAUCAGCUUCCUAAAAUGAGACGCUUGUCUCUGUCAUCGCCCUCCCUUUUCACUCUCUCGGUCUCCUUCUCUCUGUCUUUAUGCCCAACUUGAAUUAUCCCCCUUGCAGUUCUUUCACAUCAAACACUAGAGUACAUUUGUCCUCCUUUUCUGUUUUUUUUUUUGUUUCUCCUGAAUCUGUCUCUAGCUCUUCUCUGGGAAUCCAUCGUCAUAUGUGACUUACAGCCCUCCGCUUUCUGUUUUCUCGCAUGACUUAUUCAGAUUUCCACAUUCUUCAGUGUUUAUGCCCUGUCAAUGUGCAGGCACUGUCAUGUUAUCCAGUCUCCUUCUUCCCAUCACAGUUUUUUUCAAAACUUAUUAUCACAUCGUCUCUCCUUUCUUUGUUUUUCUCGUCUCCUGUGCCGUGCUUUGACCUGCCACCGCUGACUGCUCAUCUUUUCACAUUCGUCUUCAGUCUCCCAUUGUGGCUGCAUUUCCAUUCUGUGUUUUACUAAAAAAUGUGCACUAAGUCAUUUUUAUUGUACAGUCUUGUACAAUGUCUAACAUGGUCAGGUAAUUAUUUAAGGAAUUAUUAUUUAAAUGACUGUAGAAGAACCUAUUAAGACAUGAAUCGCUAAAAAAAAUAACCUGAAUAACUUUGCAAUAGCACGUUGUCAUUGUAAAGCCAGUGCAAUAAAGACAAUACACUAUUGAGAACUAUGGUACAGUAUAUACGCUUAAAUUUAAAUAUGAUUAACUGUUACUUAACUGUUUUUUGACAGCUGGUAUUAAUUUAGUCUUUUCUUGUUGAAGCUGCAAGUACAUUUCCCUGUAAAUACCUUUAUAAGAUAUAAGUGAGUCAUGCAUGGCUUCUGAGAAGGACACUGACUGUGGCUGUACACUUUUAAUGAUGAUGUGUGUUCUAAUCAUGCACCACACACACACACACACACACACACACGGAUGACAUCAGCGCAAACUUGCAAUGUAUAAAAACACUUUAAAAUGCACAAUGUAGAUUAAACUUGUAAAAAGAUUUAAAAUAAAGAAAUGCCUCAAGUAAUUUCUAAGAUGAUAAUUGUUGAAGUUCUGUUUGACGACUUAUGGACUUUAAAAGGUGUAUGACUUCA